GAAGAGAGCGCGAGAUAUCUCUGUUGAUGUGUGGAAUGUCGACGCUCUUUCAGCUCAUGAGCUGAUAUAUCCAAUUGCCGCUAAUGAAGCAUCUGCGUAUUUCACCUUUCCUUAUGAUGACGAGAUAUCUUUGUCCUUUAUGAUGCGAUUCCUCGAGGAGAACGUCCUGAAACCGGUUGACCCCACCAUCGGAGACAGUGAUGACUGGCCGACAUUCGAGCUUGUCGACGUAUUUGUCUAUCAAGCAGACGACCCUCAGACUCCAACAAGCCUGUUGGUGGCCGAUAGCGACAGCCCGGUCGUUGUCGAAGGCCGCCUCGAGAGCGUUGAUAGAGGCCUAGCUAGGCAUCUUAUUCAGAAGCGCUCUCUGCCAAAGGAUAUAAAAAUUGUCAACGUGAAGAAGUUCGCGUAUGGCCAAUAUGAAAAUGGGCAAUUGGCCCUUUGGGCCGCCGGCAGGACGGGCUGGUUUGAGAUCCGUCCUUCAGAAGAUUAUGCGCCGGUCUUUGAUGAGAUGACGGAGGCCGUGCGUGUUCUGUAUUACCUGGAAGAUGAAUACAGGCAUUUGACAAAGAAGAGAGCUCGGAGGAAAAUGAAAGGUGCCUUGAGCAUUGGAUUGCAAAAGUACGCUGUUGCACACGACCUCGAGGAUGCUAGUGAAGAUGAUGUUGCGGAAAUAUUUUAUAAACAUCACAAUUUCUUGUUCGCGACUAUGCUCAAGAAGUCCGAGAAGCCUCCUCCCUGGGCAAGGUCGCCGAUAAUGAAGCAUUUGAAGAAGGAAUUUCCUGAGGAGUAUGCGCUGGCGCAGGAGAAGGUCAAUCGAGCUGUUUCUGAUUCGGACGAUGAAUCUGACGAGGAUGAAGAGGAAGAGUCAUCGCAGAGCGUCGAAGUGCCCCCGGAGCCCACUGCUAAUGAUGAAGAAGAUGAACAAGUUCAGGUCAUCAUUGAAGCAAUGCGUGGAGUUAAGGCCCAGAAAAAAUUACUUUACAAACAAGUCACGCUAGACCUCCUAGCAAAGGCUUUGUGUGAGACCGAGGUUGAAAGUCUGGCAGAGGCUAACGAGUUAAUAUUCGCUCACCGAGACUCGCUCAUUCGGGCUCUCAAAACAACACCUCCCGGUAAUUGGUGGACACAAAGCCAAGUCUACAAGCGUCUCGUCACUACUCCAAUUCAACCACUGCCUCUGCGUCGGUCAGCUUCAAACAAACGAUCAGACCGUCGCACUUCAACCAUGUCGGACUCAGAGCAUCCCAUCGUCAUUGAUAGCGACAGUGAUGAACUUAACCUUACUCCAGCCGCUCAGACCUCCCGCAAGGGCCGCAAGGGCCGCAAAGGGAAGUCGGUCCUUCGACCUCGCAGCUCCAAAUACGCCAACAAGGCCGCUGGACGACGGGGACGACUUCCACAGCCAAAGGAGGAGGAAGCUGACGAAGAUGAUAUGGAAGUCGAGCCAUUUAUUUCUCCUAGCACUCGGAUGACCCAGACGGAGGCUCAGGGACGCUCUGGCAAACAGCUACUCGAUCAACUUUUCAGCGAGUCCGACGAGGACGAACCCGCUGACCCCGAUGAUGAGUCUCUCCCGGUCCAGUGGAAGAAGCCAGAUGGGAUCAUCGAGCAAGCUUCUCUUAAACUAGUUGAAGAGCCGCUUCCUUCCACUGUUGCUCAGGGCCCCGGUGAUACCUGGACCUGUACCUUUGACGGAUGCUCGCACAAGGUCUACGGAGCGUCUACUCCAGGAGGCAAAGACAGGAUCAAAAUCCAUUUUCGCAGUCAUGCUGAUGGUCCGGAGCAACUCAUUGACUUAGUCUAUCAAGAGCAGAGGCCGUACCUUCCUGUAAAUAAUCUUAUCAAUCGCCUCCGCGCCAUGGCCGAGGAGCAGGCUGCAGAUGGCACUCAGCCGUCCGGAGAGGACGCCAAAGCCCCGCGCUUCCCCAAACCUAUCAAUCGAAAGUACUGAGUGCGUCACAAGUCACCUGGCUUGAAACAUACCACCGUCUAGUACACUUUUCGAUCAUAGGUAUCAGUAGAUGCUUCAAAUGUUUGGCCAAUCUCGACCACCAUUUAAGUGACUACUUUCAAUAAUUUUCUGCUCGCAUUUCUUUGAAAUUUACAUCAUCUGCAACUGCUUCUUAUGAUACCCAUUCUAGGGAUACUUAGGCGCUAUCUGGCAGUUUGGCUUGUCAUGCCUCUUAUUAUGCUUGCUGUUUACUUGAUCUUAUGGAG